AUGAGUGAGAAAGUUAGAGAGAGAAAGAGUGAGAAAACGAGUGUGCACACAGGAGAUCCAAGUAAUCAGGGGACCUCCCCUGGUGAGAAUAUUGAUCAUUCCACCGAGGAGGAUGACUUACUAGGAAAGAACAUCAAGAAAAUGCAAGAGGAUACGCCUAUGGAAGAGAAUGAAAGCGCAUCAAGUGGUCCGGAAAAGAGCAACAGCAUUAAAACUCAGGGAGAGGAUGAGGCGGACGUGAAUCCGGGGAAUAUCAAGUUGGACAAGGGACCUCGAAUGCCAACUAAGAAUCAAAUAUCCUACAAAGCUAAACUAAUGGGGAGAGAAGAGUCAGACUUUGAACGUGAUCUUGAGGAACAAAUGAAGGAAUGGCUUCUUGAGGAAGAGAAUAUGACCCCAAGCCUCUCGGAAGAGCAACAGAGACUGCUUGAAACUCUGCCGAAGCUGAGCAUGACAGACGAGCGACUAAGGGAGCUGUGUCGCCCUUGGAAAGAUGCUCUUAUUAUCACGUUAAUGGGAAGAAGAACUAACCUUAACAUGAUGAGGGACAGAAUUUCGUGGUUGCUAAAAACAGAGAAUUUUGAGCUGAUCGAUUUGCCUAAUAACUACUACGUCUUUCGCACAAAUAACAAAUCUCUGUGCACAAGACUUCUCUUCGACGGACCUUGGGCUAUCCAGGCGCACUAUCUAGCGGUUCAAAGGUGGAGCCCCAACUUCAACCCCUACUGCAAUCGGGUGAAAAAACUAGCCAUCUGGGUCAGAGUUCCAACGCUGCUUAUGCACUGCUAUUCAGUUGAGUUUAUGCUUGAGCUGGGGAAUCUAAUAGGAAAGGCCCUGAAAGUUGAUCUCAACACACUUGCUCACCGCAACGACCAAUCAACCACAGUGGAGCGAGGCAAAUUUGCUAGAGUAAGUGUUGAAGUAGACCUUAACAAACAACUCCAAUCGCGCUUUGUCAUCAGGAGAAGGAUCUAUACAGUGGAGUAUGAAGGUUUGGACCUUAUAUGCUUUAAAUGUGGCAUGCAUGGGCACAAUCAGGAGGAAUGCCCCACUAUGGAACCCAGCAAAGUACAAAACAUGGAGGGGCAAGCUCCGGCGACCAGCACUCCGUCACCGGCAAAGAAGCAAGAGGAAGUCAAUCCCAUUUUUAGCAUUCCAGGGAUGUCAGAAAAGGAAGGGUACGGAGACUAG